AUGGCUGGCCUUCGUCUCGUCGGGUUGAUCGUUGCUCAGGUUCUCUUUGCUGGACUUGCUCUGUUUCUUGCCCAUUCGCCGUAUCUCAAUAUGUCUGUCGCGCCGACUAAGCACCCUUGGGCUGAUGGACCUAUGAAGUUGGUAACAACGCCUCAAUAUGAGACGAAAAAGACCGACCUUUUCACCACGGGUGCCACCCACAUGGCGCUUUUGCACAAUGCCAUCAUUCGAGGCUUCAACUCCAUUUACCUCCAGGCCCCUCAUGUUAAGGACGCCGAUAAGGCUGACUUUAUCGGUUAUUCCCAAACAUGGUUCAAGUUUGUAAAGUCGCACCAUGACGAUGAGGAGGACAACCUCUUCCCCAAGGUCCAGGAACUGCUUGGCGAAGAGCCCGUCUGGGAGGAGACGCAUCAUGAACAUGAGUCUUUCCUCGCUCCUCUCGCCGAGUUUAACACUUACCUCUCUAACCUUGCCUCGCCCACCGAUCUGGACGGCGCUCAGGUCAUCAAGCUCAUGGACGCCUUCAAGACCGACUUCGAGCACCACUUCCACAGCGAGAUCACCACCAUUGCCGCUCUCUCAAACCACCCCAAGGCCCCCAAGGAAGACAGCCCCGAGGGCGUUGCCGCCAGCUUGACCUUCAAGACCUGGGGAAAGAAGACAGUCACCAAGGCCGGCAUGCUCGAUGUGGUCCCAUUCUUCCUUCUCAACUUGGAUAGAACCGCGGAGGAGGGUAUGUGGGCUAACUGGCCUCCCAUGCCUGCUCCCGUCUCAUGGGGUCUGACGAACAUCGCGGGUUCAUGGUAUGGAAAGUGGUGGAAGUUUGCGAGCUGUGACUCUCAGGGCAAGCCCCAAGAGCUCUACGCUCUUCGGGGUCUGAAGGAAUGA